GGCAGCUUCCUGCUAUCAUGGGAGCAGUCGUCCUGCUGGUCAGCACUCACAUGGGACAAGAUAUUUGGAGUUCAGAAGGAAAUCUCAACUAGCAGUUGUUUUUGAAGUUCCAGUGAAGUUUGUUGGAGAGUCGAGUGCAUUUUCCUCAAUGGAUCCAACUGAGAAUAUCUGAGAACUGUCCGAUUGGCUAUUAAUCUGGAAUUACAUUUAAAAGAUGACACUCUGGUCACAGCAAAAUCCUGCAACUCAUGGAAUGUGAUUGUGAAGCAUCAUCUUGAGAUCAUCAUGGUGUUGUAUCUUGCCUUGCUUAUUGUUUUGUUGCGUUGGUUCAGGACUAUGAGUUUUGUAUAUUGUGGAUGAUGUCGACUGAAGCGUUUCCUCUGAGUGGGGCUCAGAUAGCCAUGUGUCGUCUGGUUCAUCGCGGCCCCAGACCACAGGCCACGUUGAGACCUCUGAACCAGGAGCUCAGGCUCUAUGUUGAGAAGACACGCACCAAACCUAAAUGCAGGAUGGAGGCAUCUUGCCUGGAGUUGGCGCUGGAGGGGGAAAGACUCUGUAAAGCAGGAGAUUUUAAAGGUGGCACGGCAUUCUUUGAAGCUGCUGUUCAGGUGGGAACAGAAGAUCUCAAGACCCUCAGUGCCAUUUACAGCCAGCUGGGCAAUGCAUACUUCUACCUGAAGGAGUACGGCAAAGCCCUAGAGUACCAUCGGCAUGACCUUACGCUUGCUCGGACGAUCGGAGACCGGAUUGGGGAAGGGAAAGCCAGCGGAAAUCUUGGCAACACUCUGAAAGUUUUGGGCCGCUAUGAUGAAGCAGCUGUGUGCUGUCAAAGGCACCUGGACAUUUCUCAAGAACAAGGAGAUAAGGUCGGUGAGGCCAGGGCUCUGUAUAACAUUGGGAACGUGUUUCACGCAAAAGGGAAGCAGCAGCUCUGGGGCGUCUCGCAGGAUCGCGGAGAGCUUCCUCCUGAUGUCAGAGAUACGCUCAUGCGAGCCACAGCCUUCUACGAAAAGAAUCUGUCUCUGGUGAAGGAGUUGGGAGACAGAGCUGCACAGGGAAGAGCCUUCGGUAAUCUUGGCAACACUCAUUACCUGCUGGGUAAUUUUGUGGAGGCCAUCAAGUUCCACAGAGAGCGUCUCUCCAUUGCAAAGGAAUUUGGCGACAAGGCCGCUGAACGCCGAGCAUACAGUAACCUAGGCAACGCUCUCAUUUUCCUGGGCAAGUUCAAUGCAGCCACAGAGUAUUACAGGAAAACCCUGCAGCUCUCUCGGCAGCUGAAGGAUCAGGUGAUGGAAGCUCAGGCGUGUUUCAGUCUGGGAAACACAUACACUCUUCUGCAGGAGUAUGAACGUGCCAUAGAAUAUCACCUUAAACACCUGCUCAUCGCUCAGGAGCUGAACGACAGGGUCGGGGAGGGCCGGGCCUGCUGGAGUCUGGGUAACGCUUAUGUGUCAUUGGGAAAGCACCGUCAGGCUCUGCAUCACGCCCGGAAACACCUGGAAAUCUCCAGAGAGAUCGGAGACAGGAACGGAGAGAUGACGGCCAGGAUGAAUGUGGAGGAGCUGAUGGAGGCUCUAGGGGUGAAGGAGGCGGAUCUCUCUCCAUCUGAAUCUGAGUUUAACGUGCAGGGAGCCAGACCCAAGUUCAUCAAGAAAGCCAGCAUGGAGAGUGUGGACCUGUGGAAAUACAGCUCUGAAAAGAAUGGAGAUGCUCCGGAUGUUGAUGGUAUUUCGAGGAGGUCAAGGAACCAGCUGUUUCAGUCCAGCAGAAGCAAAAGUUAUGCAGACAGUCAGUCAUCAGAUGAGAGACUCUGGCUCGACUCACCUGUGGACACUGAUGACAUCACUGUUCAUGUCACACCUCCAAAACUGGCUCGUGACGCGUCAGAUGAGGACUGCUUCUUUGACCUGUUGAGUAAGUUUCAGAGCAGCCGUAUGGAUGACCAGCGCUGUCAGCUAGACGAGUCGCCCAAUGGAGAGAAUGCCGGAGGAACAGAUCCAAACACACUCAGUGACAUGAUCGAUGCCAGUCUGUUGACGUCUCCUCAAACAGAAGAGCUCUUUGAUUUGAUCGCCAGCUCUCAGAGCCGCCGUCUGGACGAUCAGAGGGUGAGCGUCAGUAACCUGCCUGGACUCAGAAUCACCCACAAUAACCUGGGCCACCUAUGUGGAGAGAGCGACCCGCAGGAGCCCAGCGACGACUUCUUCAACAUGCUCAUCAAAUGCCAGUCGUCCAGGAUAGAUGACCAGCGCUGCUCUCCGCCUGAAGGGGGUCCGCGGGCACCAACCGUCCCAGAUGAGGAUUUCUUCAGCCUAAUCCAGAGAGUUCAGGCCAAGCGAAUGGACGAGCAGCGUGUGCAACUCCCGUUUGACGAACAGGAUGAGGACGAGAUAGGGCCAGGGGCUGCAGACUCCUGAGAAAACCCGGGGCCAAAUAACACACGCAACGAGUACCAAAUGAUGGGGAGUGUUUUAGAUUUAAUCUUUCAUGAGAUGAAGAAAUGUGCACAAAGAUAUGCAAGUGAGACAUGAAAACACAAGUGCCAUCUCAGUAUACGGUGCAGAUUUAUGCCUACUGUGCUUUACAGCCAAUGAUCCAUGAUGUUUAAUAGAGAUUAUACGGACUAGAGGAACAGACACUUGGGACACAACUCUCUGGGUUAAUUCACAUUUGCAAACACUGCCUGCACAAACAACAAAAGAAAUGUAACAAAUCAGGUGCAAACACUGUAAAAAGUAGUUUGGUAUUCUGUUUUUUUAACAAACAGACACGUCAUAACCAGAGUGACUUACGGUACAACAUUGGAAGAAGAAAAAGCAAGAUACUUCCCACUAUCUACACAUUAAAGUAAUAGUUUACCCAGAAAGGAAAAUUUGCUGUUGUUUUACUCAUUCUCAGGCCAUCCAAGAUGUAGAUGACUUUUUCUUGAGUAGAACAGUAAAGAUUUUUAGCUGAAACCCUGGUGAUUUAUAAAAUGCAAUUCAGCGACUACCCAUCUCUGAGAAUAAACAAAAAGCAUAUCCGGAUGAAUCAAAUGAAUACCCGUGGCUGAUGAUAUUUUGAAUUCUUAUGAAGCAAAGCAAUCGGUCUAUGCAAGAAACUAAACAUUAUAACAUUAUUACCUAUGAUCCAGAGCCUCAGCCAAACAGUCUGUUGUUUUUGGUGAGCUAGUUGAACCAAAUCAAACCGAAACCGUUUACAGCUCGAGCAGUACAAAUCUACAAUUUACUCAAUCAAAUCUCAUUUUCAGAUGCCUGACAGUCAGCCAAAAUAGCAGCGUAUCUGAGCCUAUGAUGAAUUCAUUCAUUCAGCGCUCCAGUUCUUUCAACAUUCACUGAACUCAUGAAACAAUUCUGAUGUGCACCGAAGACGCGCAUGUGUGAACCCAGCACUUGAAUAAAGGCUUAAAAUGAAAGGUUUUGUUUGGUUUAUUAUGGUUAAUGUAAAAAGACUAGUUUAUUAACUUUAUAUGCUUUAGACAUGUAAAACAUUGCAUGAUAAUGUAAACACACUGGUUAAUUGGUCAUUUGAAUCAGUUGAAAGCAUUGACAUGAACUGUCUCAAAGAGCCAGUUUGCAGAAAAGAAUUAGAUUGAGUCUCUGGAUUACAUGCAGUAAUGUUGUAAAUAAUGUUCAGUUUGGAUUUUUUCACUUCAUAAGACCUCAAUUUAUUGUCAGAAGGCACAGGUAUUAAUGCUGUUUUUGACAACAAAAAAAGAGAGGCUAUCCAGGUUUUAUUGAUCAUCAACAUUUUAUGAAUCAUCAUGGUUUCAGUUAAAAAUCUUGUGCACUGUUCCGCUCAAGAAAUAAAGUCCCCUACAUCUUGUAUGGCCUGAGGGUAAGCAGAUCAAAAGGAUACUCCACCCCAAAAUGAAAAUUUUAUUAAUCACUUACCCCCAUGUCAUUCCAAUCCAGUAAAAGCUUUGUUCGUUUUCAGGAACACAAUUUAAGAUAUUUUGUAUGAAAACCGGGAGGCUUGAAACUGUCCAAUAGACAGCCAAGUAAGUUACACUGUCAAAGUCCAGAAAAGUAUGAAAGACAUUGUCAAAAAAGUCCAUCUGCAAUCAGUGAUUCAACCAUAACAUUAUGAACCGAUGAGAAUACUUUUUGUAAGCGAAGAAAUAAAAAAUAAUGACUUCAUUCAACAAUUCCUGUCAACAGUCUCCUCUUUGUCUCUCCAUAUCACUAUAUGCUGCGUAUGCUCUUCUUUGUCAGCCAUGCCUCAAAGAUGCAUCCUGAUACAGAAGAGCAUAUGCAGCAUAUAGUGAUAUGGAGAGACACAAAGGUGACUGUUGACAAAGGAAAAGCUGAAUAAAGUCAAUAUUUUGUUUUUUUUUUUCUUACAAAAAGUGUUCCCGUCGCUUCAUAUACCGUAUUUUUCGGACUAUAAGUCGCACCUUAGUAUAAGUCGCAUUAGUCCAAAAAUACGUCAUGACGACGAAAAAAACAUAUAAGUCGCACUGGACUAUAAGACGCAUUUAUUUAGAACCAAGAACCAAGAGAAAACAUUACCGUCUACAGCCGCGAGAGGGCGCUCUAUGUUUUCAGUGUAGACUACAGAAGCACUGAGCAGCAUAGAGCGCCCUCUCGCAGCUUGUAUACGGUAAUGUUUUCUCUUGGUUCAUUUCUCUUGGUUCAUGUCAAAUUAGUUUUGAUAAGUCGCACCUGACUAUAAGUCGCAGGACUAGCCAAACUAUGAAAAAAAAGUGUGACUUAUAGUCCGGAAAAUACGGUAACCCAGAUUGCAUAUCUGAUGGCAGAUGGAGUAUUUUUAUGGACCUUGACGCUGUUAUUUACUUAGCAGUCAAUGGGGCAGUCAGAAGGGUCCUGGUUUUCACUGAAAAUAUCUUAAAUUGUGUUCCGAGGACAAACAAAGCUUUUACGUGUUCGGAAAGACAUGAGGGUAAGUGAUUAAUGGCAACAAUCUUCAUUUUGGGAUGGAGUAUCCCUUUAACUGCUAAUUUUCACGUUUGGGUGAACUGCCCCUCUAAGCUCCACUGAUGGUCUGCUUUGUCCAGACAGUAAUAAAGCAGUGUUAAUUGUAUCGAGCAAAUGCUGCUGACCUUUGAAUCUAGUGGAUUCUAUAAUAAGCCUCAUAUCAGCAUCAGGUGAAGAUGAGCGAUGUGGUGCUGUUGUUUAGUGAAUUCGCCCUGUUGUUUCCCAUGCCAAACUUUCUGAUCAAGCUUCUCAUUGUCAUGUGUUUCGCGUCUACUGCCUUAAUUAAACCUGCAGACUCUGAUUGUAUUCAUUGAUAUUGUGUUUUCUGAGCUUGUCAGCAGUAUCUGGUACGUGUCGUUGACAGUAUUUAUUCCCAGUGGUGUCGUGCAGCUGCCGCUGUAUCUUUCACAUUCUUAAUCGCAAGUGCAUUUUAGUUUGGCUUUAAUCAUUUAGCUGCUGACAGCACUGUACAAAUUUCCAGACAUUAGGGCUGCUUUUACAUUCCUCUUUGUUUCUUUUGAAUUGAAGAUACUGUUGUAACUCCACAGACGUAUUUAUUUAAAGUGUUGAGAAAUCUGUAAAAACAAGCAAACAAAAAUAGAGACUGUGAAAAGACUUUUUAAGUGUUGUUAACUGUGGGAAUGUAUGUGAAUGUGCAUAAAAGCUCAUUUAAGUUUGCACUUUCAUGCUCCACGGUGCUUUGACUGAUUUGACCGAAACCGCUUUUAGUUUCUGAAUCAAUGUCAUUAGUGAGUUUUCCAUAAUUGGCUCCGAAUCACUGAAUGGUGCAGUUCAGACAUUUACUGAGUUGCUUUAGUUGGUCAAUAUUUUAGUCACUUGUGGCUGGCUGAACAGCAGAGUAAUGGCUCAUUGAUGGCAGUUUCAUGUAGAACCAUUAAAAAGACCUUUUAAAAUGUAAAUCUGCAGUAUUUUGGAAGUAUUUUUUUUUUUUUUUAUUUGAGCAAUUAUUAUUAUUGGAAGGAAUUAAAAUAUUUCAAGUCAAUUCACUGCCAAUUUGUGGUAAAAGAAAAUGAGCAAAUGCCUUUUUGUUUUUUUACUCAAAGAAGUGUUAUGCAUUAUGUACCAUUCAAAAAUAUUUAUGAAGUUACUUUUAUUUUAAGAAGCUAAACAUCUAUUUGUAUUAAUUAAUAUGUUUCUGACUGAUGCAUGAUGCUUAUAACUAACCCUGAUUUCUAAUAUUACUUUACAGUGACCAAACCAUCAGCUCACUGACUGCAGAUCAAUGAAAUAUAGGAAGUAUGUACUAGAUUCAUAAUAAUAUUAUGUGAUUAUGAGGUUAAGUAUGGAGCUGUAUUAGUAAAUUAAAAAAUAAAUAUAUAUUAUUUGUCAUGGUUUAACUGAAUUUUUUGUAGUCCAUUUGAGUUAACAAUUUGCUCCCUGUAUUAUGAUUUGUCUUCCAUGUGCUGUAAUAAUAUGGUGUGAAUGAGUUAAAAAGCAUUUGAAAAGCCACUGCCCCAAUGUACGUAAUUGUUUUAUUUAUUUUCUGUUCAUGAACAUGGGAAUGAAUCACUUGCUUUUAAUAAAAUGUUGAUGAAAUUGA